UGUGAAAGCCAAGCCGCUUUGAUUCCGGUCUGGUGCUGUCUAAAUCCUGUCUUCUUUUGACUCAGCUGGAUCAUCAGGUGGUCGUUCAUCUAUUGUGCUCCCAGCUGAUCCAACUGAUCCCAGAGCAGCCGGCGGAUCAGGUUUCAGCACCGCGGUCAGCUCCGAGCCCUGCCUCCUCCUCCCGCAGGCAGCAGAGCAUCAACACAUCAACGCGUCUCCUCUUUUCUUUCCCUGCGACCCCUCCCCCUUUAGAGGCUCUGUUCUCAUGAUAAAUCCCGGUGUGCUGCUGACUGGCACACUUGAAAUGCUCGGAAAUCACGCAAGCAACUAGACUCUCCAACACUUUCGAUUUUUCCUGCUCAGACUGGCAAUUUCUUUUUCUUAAAAAGCAACAGUGUGAGCGCCUCAUCAGUCAGGCUGAGGUUUCCACAGCUGCUCCCUCUGGAUUUUUGCCUCUGUGUCUGACUCUGCAGCUGAUCGCCAUCUGUUUUUUGUUCUACUUUUGCAGUUUUUACCUUUUGCAGCUGGAGUAGACUCCAUCCAAACCUCAACAUGUUGGACCCGUCUUCCAGCGAGGAGGAAGGGGAUGAGAUACUGGAGGUGGAGCACAAAGAGGUGGCGGCCCCGAAGAGCCUCGGAGGUGCCCGGCUGUCCCCGGGCCGAACCGCCGACGGCCACGGCGGCGGAGGGCUUCAGCCUCGGGGCCGCGGGUGCGGCGGUGGCCGACCCUCCAGCCCAAGCCCGUCGGUUGGAAGCGACAAGGAAAAAGAGGACCUGGAGAAGAUGCAGAGAGAGGAGGAGGAGAAGAAAAAGAGACUCCAGCUGUAUGUGUUUGUGAUGCGCUGCAUCGCCUAUCCUUUCAACGCAAAGCAACCUACUGACAUGGCCAGGAGACAACAGAAGAUCAGUAAGCAGCACCUGCAGACAGUCAAAGAGCGUUUCCAGGCUUUCCUCAACGGAGAAACUCAGAUUGUGGCUGAUGAGGCUUUCAUCAAUGCUGUCCAGAGCUACUAUGAUGUCUUCCUGAAAAGUGACCGUGUGUCCCGGAUGGUGCAGAGCGGUGGCUGUUCAGCCAGCGACUCUCGUGAGGUUUUUAAGAAGCACAUAGAGAAGAGGGUGCGCAGCCUGCCUGAGAUCGAUGGCUUGAGCAAAGAGACAGUGCUGAGCUCCUGGAUGGCCAAGUUUGAUACCAUCUACCGAGGUGAAGAGGACCCGAGGAAACACCAGCAGAGAAUGACGGCCAGUGCCGCCUCCGAGCUCAUCCUCAGCAAGGACCAGCUGUACGAGAUGUUCCAGCAGAUCCUGGGCAUCAAGAAGUUUGAGCACCAGCUUCUCUAUAAUGCCUGCCAGCUUGACAAUCCUGAUGAGCAAGCAGCCCAGAUCAGAAGAGAGCUGGAUGGACGACUGCAAAUGGCAGACCAGAUCGCUCGGCAUGGUGGAAGGUUUCCCAGAUUUGCAUCUAGAGAGAUGGAGGCCAUGUUCAUUGAGGAGCUGCGAUCUUCUGUCAACCUGCUGAUGGCCAACCUGGAGAGCAUGCCGGUGUCCAAGGGAGGAGAGUUCAAGCUGCAGAAGCUGAAGCGAGGCCACAACACCUCCAUCAUGGACAUGGGCCAGGAGGACGAGAACACGCUGUCCAAAUCUGACGUGGUCCUGUCCUUUACCCUGGAGGUUGUGAUCAUGGAGGUGCAGGGUUUGAAGUCACUGGCUCCAAACAGAAUUGUUUACUGCACCAUGGAGGUGGAGGGGGGACACAAAUUGCAGACAGACCAAGCUGAGGCCUCGAAACCCACUUGGGGUACCCAGGGUGACUUCACCACCACCCAGCCGUUACCUGCUGUGAAGGUGAAGCUGUUUACUGAAAGCACAGGAGUGCUGGCCCUGGAAGAUAAAGAGCUAGGAAAGGUUGUGCUCCAUCCGACUCCCAACAGUCCCAAACAGUCUGAGCUCCACAAGAUGACCGUGUCUAAAGGCUGCCCAGACAAUGACCUCAAGAUCAAACUGGCCAUUCGCAUGGACAAACCACAGAACAUGAAGCAUUGUGGGUACCUUUGGGCCAUUGGCAAAAAUGUGUGGAAAAGAUGGAAGAAAAGGUUCUUUGUGCUGGUUCAGGUGAGUCAGUACACAUUUGCCAUGUGCAGCUACAGAGAGAAGAAGGCCGAACCUGUGGAGCUCCUCCAACUGGAUGGCUACACUGUGGACUAUACCGACCCCCAGCCAGGUCUAGAUGGCGGCCGGACGUUUUUCAACGCUGUGAAAGAAGGUGACACUGUAAUAUUUGCCAGCGAUGAUGAGCAGGACCGGAUCCUGUGGGUGCAGGCCAUGUACCGAGCCACUGGGCAGUCACACAAGCCAGUUCCUCCCACCCAGGUCCAGAAACUUAACUCGAGGGGCGGCACAGCGCCACAGCUCGAUGCACCCAUAUCUCAGUUCUCCGGAUUGAAGGAUGCUGAUCGAGCCCAGAAGCAUGGCAUGGAUGAGUUUAUUUCAGCCAACCCCUGUAACUUUGACCAUGGCUCACUGUUUGAGCUGGUACAACGCCUUACUCUGGACCACAGACUUAACGACUCCUACUCAUGCCUGGGCUGGUUCAGUCCUGGUCAAGUGUUUGUCUUAGAUGAGUACUGCGCUCGCUAUGGUGUUCGAGGCUGUCAUCGGCAUUUAUGUUACCUGAGCGACCUGCUGGAGAGGGCGGAGAACGGAGCCAUGAUCGACCCCACCCUGCUGCACUACAGCUUUGCAUUCUGUGCCUCUCACGUCCAUGGAAACAGACAUCAAAUCUGUCAACAUCACAGUCAGCCGUCUGCAGAUGAAGCCUAACAAAGAUAGACGAGGGCCACUCUGGCGCUGAGGGCAAAGGUCGGGGAGGGCUAUGUGUCAGUACCCCUCCCAUCCCUCCAACUAACCCCAUCCAUCCAUCCAUCCAUCCAUCCAUCCAUCCAUCCAUCCAUCCAUCCAUCCAUCCAUCCAUUCCUCUGUCCUGCUGAGAAACAGUGACUGAGGACUGAGGCCUUUUCUUGUCAGCAUGGACAGAUGGACAGCAUUUGCUCCAAGAGAAACAGAAAAAAAAUGAAGAGAGCAAAAAUCCUGUAGAAGACAAAUAUGAUGGGGAAAAGAGUUUGACAGAAAUCUGUAGAGAAGAUGUAUGGAGGCUCAUCACUCAUUUUUGUGGACAUACACAGGGAUGGUUAUUAAAUAGUUGUUUCCUGCUGUAAGUGGACAGAGUUAAGCAUAGCUCAUUGUAAAUAUUGAAAAUUAUAAUUAUACAUAUAUGUAAAUUCACAUCUAAAAUGCUGAAAUAAUGAGCCCUACAUAUCUACACAUCCACACAUCAAACAAAGACCUGCUCUGCCAGUCCAGCCGCUCUGCCUGGAGGUCAAGGCAUGACAGGUUGACAGGUUGUCAUGUGUGAUGGCCGAAUGUCUCCACUGCCAACGCUGCUGCAUGUGCCCCAGUGCACACACCUCAUCCAGACCCCCUCCUCCAUCCAUCCACCCAAACAAACACACAAACACCCCACCCCCACCCCUGCCUCCUAAUAGCUUGCUGGCCUGGAGGUGUUGGUGCACCAAGUUGGACUUAGUUGCCUGGCCGCCUGCUAAAGUGUCAGAAUUUGACUUCUGUCCAGUUAAAUGUCUGCUCCAUUUAAAUCGGCUGUAUGUUAGAAAAUGGCAUAAAAAAUCAAAUGAAAAUGUUUUAUGUAUAUUAUAGAGAGAAAGAGAUUCAGUUUGAUGUUAAACCUCACAUGUAUAUUGAAGCAUAUUUCAGCUCGUAGAUCUGCAGAUUAUCACACAGUUUGAUGUGAUCUUAAAAAUGUCUUAUGAACGGUUUCGUAAUUUUGUAUUUUCAAACAGUCUUUACUAGAAGUGCUAAUAUUCAGUUAUGGCUUACAUUUUAUACUUCUAGACUUAUGAUAUGAUGUGUGGUUUGGAUAAACAGAAUAAACAAAAUCCACAAUAAACUAGCACUAAUAACAAAAUCAGCUCAAAGCCAAAUAUAUUAGAAUAUUUUUAGAAAAUGACUUUUGACUUUAUUUUUGCAAAGAGGAAACAGCUCACCGCUGCUGAUUUACUGCAGAGGCCUGCAGCCCUGCUUUAUGUUGUCGCCUCUGUCAAAUAAAGUGUUCUAAGAGGUUGAAAUCUAAAAAUAUAGAUUCUGAAUGAUUUACAGCAGCAUCCAGUGUUUCCUAUUUAUUUUAAUAAUUAUUAAAUAACAAUUAUAUCAUUAUUUCCUUGAUUGUCUAAUUUAUAAAAUGUCAGUAAACCUUCAAUAAAAAAGAUAUUCAGUUUAAUUGGAAGUGAAGA